AUGGCUCCUAGCGGUCUUGAUUCCGGCCUUUGGCGUGUUUCUACUUCUCUUCUUCUCUUCCUGGCUGCCUCGACUAUCUCUGCCACUUCAAGUGUUGAUAAUGGCAGACUUUUUACGGUCAAUGACAUCAACUACUAUAGCGGUGAUGCAGUCUCGAAGAUAGUUAUUUCGGGUUCUGAUUCGACUCGAUUGGACGAAAUCGUUCCCCUGACAGUUAUUCGGACAGAUGAAGCUCUGCUCACCACGGACAUCAUAAAAGAAACCAUUUCGAACUAUUCAGCCGCAGAUGAUGUUUUUCAGGCGGGAUUUCUCGAAGCGGUUUUCCUGGUCUAUGAUGGACAUGGUCGGGGCCAAGUCGAGCCCGCUGUUCAGGAGGCUCUGAAGGGACUUGGAAAUAAACUUGUGAUGGCUUCUUCUAGCUAUAAAUCUGGAAAGCAUAUCAGUUCUGCCAAACUGCGUCAUGAUAUACCAAAUGGGCCCUACUUUUACUCGCCGCGCACUGGAGAGAUCUAUCAGGCCUUCCGUCUCUAUUCAGACCAUCAACUAGCAUUCACUGAAGCUGCCCUUAGCGAUGGGACCGGAGGGUUUAAACCCUUGCCAGCAACCUCGUCGGGCGCAAUGACGAAAAGUGUUGCUGUACCAUCUAGGCUUUACUAUACGCCAACAUCAGCAAAGCCACUUGCUGGGUUACGUGUAGGAGUAAAAGAUAUCUUUGAUAUGAAAGGUCUGCGGACUAGCGGUGGUAAUCGGGCCUUUUACGAUUUAUAUCCUCCCCGAAACACCACCGGGCCCGCACUCCAAAGACUCAUAGAUGCGGGAGCCAUUAUUGUAGGAAAAAUGGGCACCGUGCAAUUUGCGAAUGGAGAUAAUCCCACAGCUGACUGGGUCGACUUCCACUGCCCUUUCAAUCCUCGGGGUGAUGGCUACCAAGCUCCCGGCGGAUCAUCUUCAGGGCCUGGUGCUGGUAUCGCGGCUUAUGACUGGCUUGAUAUUGCCAUUGGAAGUGACACGGGUGGCUCUAUGCGCAGCCCAGGAGGAAUGCAGGGACUCUUUGCCAACCGGCCUUCUACCGGAGCUGUAUCCCUUGACAAUGUGAUUCCACUUUGUCACGUACUCGAUACAGCUGGUGUUUUUGCUCGCGAUGCCGUCACCUGGUCCAAGGUUAUGCACGCGUGGUAUCAGAACUUCACUGACUAUAGAGAGUACCCAAAAAAGCUAUUUUAUCAGAACUCUUCUUUCCCCAAGUCCAACACAGCAGCCGGUGCUUUGCUCGAGGAACUAGUUAUAAAAGUCGAAAACUUCCUGGGUACAAAGAGGGAGUUUAUUGAUAUCGCUUCGCAUUGGGAGAACAGUCGCCCUUCUGACACACCCCCGAAGAUCAAUGACCUGCUAAAUACUACCUAUGCCGCGUUGGUAUCUGUCGAUCAAUAUCGCUCUCUUUCUUUGCCGUUUUAUGCCGACUACGCAGCAAAGCAUGAUGGUCGCCGACCCUUUGUGAACCCAGGCCCCUUGUCGCGAUGGGCAUGGGGCCAGAAUAAUGGCGGCGAUGCCAUAUAUGAUGAAGCUUUCAAGAACAAAACAAUCUUUAAGGACUGGUGGGAAUCAGAUGGAUAUGGAAAGGCAGACGAAAAGACUUGCUCUGAGGGUAUCUAUAUCUAUCCUUACAGCAAGGGUCAGACACAGUAUCGGAACACCUAUUUUGAUGCACCUUCUGGACCUCCGAUGGGCUUUUCGGAUGGUCGAAUGGCCGUCUUGGCCGGUACCCCUGAUCUGGUAGUCCCUGUGGGAGAAAUCCCCUAUUACUCUACCAUCUCGCUCCAAACAGAGUUUAUGCCCGUUACCAUGAGUUUUGUCGCAGCACGAGGCUGUGAUUUGAUGCUGGUCAACCUCAUUGAGGAUUUGGAACAGGCGGGUAUCUUGAAGCCCGUGAGAACAGGGUCAAUGAUGUAUCCUGCGUGA